AUGAGCCCAUCCCCGGGUGAACAUCCGAAUAGGACGAUUCCUAUUUGGAUGGACCGUAAUAAUCUUUAUGGACGAUUACAUUUCUUGUUUCUUCGAGGGGCAGAUGGUCAAAGUCUCCCCAAGAACCCAUUUACGAUUGCGAAGUCAAUUGAGAGCCAUGUUGGGAGAAUUGAUAGUGGGUAUUACGAUAUAAAAAAACAGUGGUACGUUUUGAAAGUGCGGAACGAAGAGCAAGUCAAGAAACUUGAACAACUGGACAGUUUAAUCGAUGGAACUAAAAUCGAAAUUGGUUAUCACCCGAAUUUAAAUACCAGAAAGUUUGUGGUUACAUGCAACGAAGUUGGGGAUAUGAAAAACGAGGAGCUCCUCGCUGAGCUUGCUACUCAGAAUAUUACAAAUGUUCAGCGAAUAACUAAGAAAACACCAAGCGGAAUCGUAGGAACUUCAACAUUUAUCUUGACUGUGAACAGCACCGUCGUUCCCGAAUAUGUUGAUUUCGGUCUUCUUCGCUUAAAAACCCGAAUCUACUACUCGUUGCCUAUGCUUUGCAGAAAAUGUCUGCAAUAUGGCCACACCAAGGCCAAGUGUACGAACCAAAUAGCAUGCAUCAAAUGUUCCGGAGAGCAUGACAGCACAAAAUGCCGUAAUGACCCGUAUUGUUUGAGUUGUAAAGGGAAUCACAGCCCGGUUGACCGAAAUUGCCCGAUUUGGAAAAAUGAAGCCGCCUCUCUGAAACUAUCCACCGAUCGAAACAUCUCUCUAACCGAAGCACGAAAACAAAUUUCUUCCACCGCCAGCAUUUACCACACAAGCUACGCAAAAGUUGCCAAAUCUCAACCACAUACAUCUUAUAGCAAACCAAAACCGCAGUCUUCAACCACCAAACCGAACGACGUCGAACAGCAUCAUCAACUCAACUUAAACACCAAAAGAAGCCACCAAAGUCCGAACUCACCAGCACCAACCGAGCAACCCAGCACAAUCGUGCAGACGGAUUCCCCUCCAAAGAAAAAGAAUGAUCUACAAUUGAAAAGCUGCUCUUCCUCCGAUCCAGAAAUGGAAGUGAUUUGUGAAAAGAGCAAAAACAAAGAUACCCCCAUCUUCACUUAUGCGAAGCAGUGCACCUCGUCCACUGUCUCGCAUGAUAGGAAGCUCCCAAACAAACCCAACCCUUUCCCCUUUCCUAUUCCCAAAAAACCCAACGUUAGAUUUAAAAAAUAG